AUGUACACUGUGAGCAAUAAAGGAAAAUUAAUAUUAGUAUUAAAUGGCUAUGAAUUCUACAAAGAAAAGGAAAGAAAAGAUAAGUGCUUCUGGGUUUGUAGACGACGAUUUACUCACAAAUGUAAGGCUCGUGUCCUUCAGAAUAGAACAGAAAAUAAAAUAGAACUCCGAAAUACGAAUCAUUCGCAUUCAACCCUUAGAUAG